AUGGCCUACCGGAGCGUCUACCUGUCGCCCAAGAUCGUCCGGAACAGCUCCUCCCCUCCGAUCAAGAGUUCGCCUACACCUGCCAAUCAGCCUGCAGUCGACGACCCACCCAAGGCCUCAAACCCAUCCAAAGCCGCCAGCGCACCUCAGACCGGCAAAUCUCCGCGCCCUGAACCGACCAAUCAGAGCCCAGGUCCCAAGUCUCCUCGCGAGUCGUCUUUCGACGAGAAUCCGCAAAGUAUCGAGCCCGACUCUACUGCUAGUAAUACGGUACAAAAUCCAGUACAAGCCCACUUCGUCUCGAACCCCAUAGGUGCAAGUCGGGCUGAUACCGAUGUACAAACCGAGGGCCCACUCGAUGAUUACAUCGAUCGUCUGAACGCCGGGACCAGUAGGACCUGCGAAUGCAGCGACGAAGGCAGAAACCUUGUCGUAUGCAUCGAUGGCACCUCAAACGAAUUCGGCGAGAAGAAUACGAACGUUAUUGAGCUGUAUAGCUUGGUACAGAAGAGGAAGGACGAUCGUCAACGCACCUACUAUAAUAGCGGUAUAGGCACAUACGCCAGGUCUUCUCGGAGAUCGCUGCCGAAGGCGAUCAGUCGCAAGCUCGAUCUUGCGUUUGCUCGCCAUUUCGAACGCAUCAUACUCGAUGCCUAUCGCUGGCUCUCUGAAACCUACGAGGAUAGUGACCGCAUAUAUCUCUUCGGAUUCUCCCGUGGGGCGUAUCAAGUUCGGGUAUUGUCGGCAAUGAUCAACAAGGUGGGAUUGAUCGAUCGUGGCAACGAGAAGCAGAUACCGUUCGCCUAUAAAUGGUACACCAAUCCUGGCAGCGAGUCUGAGGCCAGAAAGGAACCGUCCUCUGUCGAAGUGCCGCGUACAAAUGACACCCCAGUAGACGCGCAACCGACAUCGUGGAGCCAGAUACACUCAGCCACGCGCUUCAAGGAGGUGUUCUCACGCGACGUGACAGUACAUUUCGUCGGGGCUUGGGAUACUGUAUCUUCGGUCGGGCUUGUACGGGGCCGCAAGCUCCUUCCUGGUACAACCGACGGGAUGAAGCACGUCUGUUACUUCAGACAUGCUCUUGCAUUGGAUGAACGUCGCGUGAAGUUCCUACCCGAGUAUGCCUGCGGGGAUGCAGGGUCUCCGCAGCCAGCACCCGAUGCGCAGGAGAAAUUCAGCAAUACAAAGGAAGUCUGGUUUGCAGGAACACAUUCCGACGUCGGAGGUGGCAACAUUGAAAACGAAAACCUGGAUAGCGCUCGCCCGGCCCUGAGAUGGAUGUAUUCCGAGGCGUCUAUCGCUGGCCUGCGCUUUGAUCUGUUCAGGCGAAAGUCGACUGCCGGCACGAACGAAUCGGACAUCAAAGUACACGAAUCUCUGACUGGCACUUGGCGACUCUUGGAGUAUUUGCCUAUCCUACGCUUGACCUACAGCCCUCCAACAGGCUCUAAGUCUAAGGAUACGACCCGCCGACCCCACCGCGGCGAAGCGCGCAUUAUACAACAUGGUCAGACAAUCCACCCCUCAGUCUGGCUGUCUGAAGAUCUACUUGAGCCAUACAUACCGUACGCGUGUCGUCACGCCUCGAAUGGCACAUCACCAGAAGUGCAGUUCUGGAGUAAGAUGGAGUUCUGGCGCAAACUGCAAGGGCGCGAAGACCUUGAAGCUGAUGGAACGACCACCAAUUCAUGGAAGGAGGUGGAUAUCUACGAGGUGAUGGGGAAUCUUUUUGCGCAGUACGGUUCGUCCGCGAGACCGGAGGACAAGCGGCAGCGUACUCUGCUUGCAACAAUGCACACUCACGCGCGUUCCGAGGAAGGCUGGCGAGCCCUCAGUCGAGAGGUGCUUCAAGCACUUAAUGGUCCCGGAGACAUACAGGCGGCGAACCUAUGCAAUAUCUUGGAUAUCCUCGUGAAAAGCGCGGGCCCUCGUUCUAGGACGCUUGAACCGGGAUCAUACAUCAUCACACGACGCAACUUGGUACCCCAUCUAGUAUCGGCAAAUAAGGAUCAGACUCGCGUUGCACAAGGCUUUCUGGCUAAGUUUACAGAUCCAACGGCACGAGUCAUCAAACAUAUAACAGCCAUCUCCGUUGCGUUUUCCCCCGAUGGCAAACAUAUUGCUGCGGGCACUGAAGACCGCAAGGUCCGGAUCUGGGAUGCCGAGUCUGGACAGACGGUGCGAAAGCCGUUCGAGGGACAUAACCAAGCAAUCCGCUGUAUUGCAUUCUCGCCCGAACGACCCGGCAGCCCGCAACGGAUUGCCUCGGCUUGCGCCGACCAAUUAGUUCAGAUCUGGGAUGCAGAGUCAGAGUUGGGGCGGAUGCCAGGGGCGCCAUUUCUGUUCGGCCACACUAAUGUCGUCAACACCGUUGCGUUCUCGCCGGACGGCAAACGUCUCGCAUCGGGCUCGGAUGACUGGACAAUCCGAAUCUGGGAUGUCGAUAGUGGACAGGAAGUCCGUCCAGCUCUCAACGGGCAUAACGACUCCGGAGUCUUAUCCGUCGCGUUUUCACCUGGGGCCGGAAAGUACCUCGUCUCAGGUGGGGAUGACUGUGCGGUUCGCCUGUGGGAUGCGGAGACGAUGGCGAGUGUGGGCACAGUUGGCUCAGGGCACAAUCGUUCAGUCUGGUCCGUCGCGUUUUCUCCGGACGGAGAGCGCAUCGUUUCAGGUUCUGCCGACUGGGCAGUUCGUAUAUGGGAUGCGCACCCAGACCGCGGACUGGUGUCUUUGAUGCUAAUGAAGGGACACAAGAGCUCGGUGUUAUGUGUCGCAUUCGCGCCAAACGGUUCACGCGUCGUUUCGGCUUCCAACGAUAAGACUAUACGGUUCUGGGAUGCGAAGACGGGGAAGAUAGUCGGAAGACCCUUCAAAGGACACAGUGAGGGAGUAGAUUCUGUGGCAUACUCGCACGAUGGCAUGCGCGUUGUGUCGUGCUCUGUCCUUGACCGGAAACGGGUUGCCUCGCGUGUCUGA